GUUUCAGAGUGCUGUCCAGUAUGUUACAGGUUCCAAGAUGAUGAUCACCAUUAGUGUGGCAAUCAUUGCAACAUCAAUUGCUUUAUUUUUGUGGAUAUACAAACGAUUCAAUCAGGUUUAUUAUUUGCGUACUGAGUCAGGUGAUUCCAUCCAUGGAACUGGGUUCAUGCCAUUCAAGCCAGCCUUAAUUGCACUGAAAGAUGCAAGCUUGAAACAAUUCGGAAUGUACUUGUUGCGAUUCUUUCCUGGACCUCCCAAACUUAUUAUUACCGAUCCGCAAAUUGCCGUCAAGUUUAUGUCCAAACAGAUCAAGUACGAACGCAUGGACGACUUCAGACUUGGCAGCGUUUUUCAUAGACUGUUUAGUCAGGCAGUUGGUGCAUCUAGUGGUGGAGCUCAGAAAAGAUUACGCAAGAUGUUUAAUGGUUGUUACAGCACAGAACAUGUAGAACAGAAUGUUGGCAUGAUGGAACAAGAGUGUAAGUUGUUCUUACAGAAGAUAGUACAGGACAAAAAGGGAAUCUUAACCAUGGAUGACAUGAUUCACCUUACAUUUCGAAUGUUGAUGAAGUUCACUUAUGGUCGUGAGAUUACAGACGAAGAGCUGCAAGAGCUGAUUGAGAUGAUACAAACAUUAAUUGAAGAUUCCUUCACUAAUCCGUUUGUGAAAUUUCCAUUAUACAAGUAUAUGCCUACAAGGAUUAACCGAACUCUUGCAGAGUUCGAAACUCGGUGGUUUCAGUUCAACAAAUGUUUUGAAAAACGCUUUGCCGAAGGAAAACUGCAAGAUUGUCAUAGCGUUUUUUACAAUAUACAAGAAAAUCUCGUCCAAAACCCAGGAGCAUUAUCACAAGAUGAGUUUCUGCAAACACUAAAAGAGGCAUCUCUUGCUARUGYAGAUAUCACUGCUGGUGCUACAGCAUGGCUAUUGCUUCAUGUAGCACUUUAUCAACAAGUGCAGAAGGAACUCAAGCCAAGAUCAUUAGCUCAAAAGUCUUUUAUUGAUUCUAAGGCAUCAAACCAAUUAAGUGCAGAGGUUGUUAAUGGGAUGGAUUUUCUCGGAAAAGUAGUUAAAGAAUCAGCGAGGAAAAGACCUGUAAUAGUUAUCAGUACUCCUGAGUACGUCACAUGUCCGAUGAUGAUUGGUGAUUUCCAGAGUCCGUCCAGUAUCGAAGUGUCCAUAGAUCACAUUGCAGUAAAUAGUGACAGGGAAGUAUGGGGCGACGCAGAAAUUUUCAAUCCCCGACGUUUUGAUAACGAAACACCGAGCAUGCGCAAAAGCCUCUGUCGCUUCGGUAUUGGCCCGCGAAGGUGUAUGGGAUAUCGUGUUGCUGACACCUUUAUGAAAGUCCUGAUGGUUACAUUGCUAGAGAAUUACACCAUCUCUUUGGAAACUCACGUUACUGGUGAUGAUGACAGCCUACCUGUAAAAAAUGUUGGACCAUUCUGUUACCCUUGUGUGACUUUUAAAGUGUACUAAAGUAAACACAUUGUCAUUAACAAAGAUUGAAACCAUAGCUAGUACAGGGGGACUCUAUUAACUAUAGUGCAACCAGACCAAUGGAACACUUGACCUUGUAGUAUUACUGAUACAAAUGAUUUUUGUCAAUAGGAAUGCAUGCAAUUAUACACGUGGUGUAUGAGGGACCAUGAAGGAAACUUGCUAUUUGGGACCCAUUCCUCUGAUGGCGUUUCAUGCAUGUAUUAGAUUAUUAUUAUUAUUUUUUUUUUGUCAUUUGAAAUCUCUAAGGAUUCUCCAAUCUUCACGGAUAACGUCUGCUAACGCUGGAAUGCUGUUUUUGCUGAAAUUUGAGUAAAAAAUAAGAAAACAUUAAACUGAAAACAUCCCAUGUUGUCUCUUUUAUUGUACUA